AUGAAUAAUUAAUCAAAAGCAAAGAAAAAAAUAAAAUCACAAAAAGAAUUACACUCAAAUCAAGAUAGAUAAGAUCGAUUUUAAAGUGGAUUCUUGAAAAAAGAAACAGAUAAAUCACUCUAAAAUCAAUCAUAGUAGUAGAGUGACAUCAAUAAAAUUAGUAAAGAGUAAUUAAUAAAAUAAUUUCCAAAUAAGAUGUUAAAUAUGCUUUCAUCAUAGUUUAAAAAAUUAGAAUAGAGUUCAAGUAAUUUAAAAUUAAUGCAAAUUAAUAAAGAUGUGUAACCUCCUGAUUUGAAUUUAAAUCAAAUUAUUGUUUAAUAUCAUAGUGAUAUUUUCACCUAAUAUUCAUAAUAUUAAUAAAGUCAAGAUUAACUAUUAGCUGAUUUUAUUAAAGGAAAUCCUGAAAGAAAUUAAUAAUUUUAAUAAUUUAAUCCACUUAAAAUGCCUAAUCCUUUUACUUCUAAACUUCAAAAGUUAGAAGAAUUAUUAACAUAAAUUUAAUGA